CAAGCAUUCUUGAUCAUCCAUCGAUCUUCACUUCUCUCUUUCAACAAACCCUUUCGAUUCGAGAGAUGCAAGAAGAUCAGAAGGAUGCUGCAGGGCUGCCCCCAGAGGAAAAUUCAGUUCAGAAGUCGCGGAAAAAGAAGGGGACAGGACAGAGGACUUCUUCUCAAGGGGAGAGUUUGAAGAAGAAGAAGAAGAGAGCAGGGCAGAAGGGAUCUGUCACAAAGGGGCAGGCCAUGGACGAGGAGUACCGUGCGCUGAGGAGGAAGUACCUGAUGCUUGAAGAGGAGAGUUUCGCGCUCCGGAAGGAGCUGAUGGAAGUUGAGAAUGAAGUGAAGGCACUCGAAGACGAGAAGUUUGAACUGCUGGAUGAGCUCGUUGUGCUAGAAGGCCUUCUCCAUGCUGCUGAGAUUCGAUCCAAGGGACUGUUCUAGAGGACUGUGAUCUGGUUUUCGCUGCCUGUUUCGAUACUGAACAAAUGUUACUCUCUUUAUAAUAACGUGAAAAUCGUUGUUCGUUCGUGUGGUUUACUUGUGUUUUGAUCCCUCUGAAGCUGGUUCAUGUGAAUGUAGUAGUGUGGGGUUUCAUUGUUUGUGCCAAAUGUCAUUUCAAGCUUCAUGACUACUUGUGCUAUCUUUCAGCAAUCUAACCCAUAGAGAUGGCUUCUUGGCCAGCAUCAAGUCAUCUGCCUCAAUAGACAUGGUAGUCUUUU